AUGAACGAUCUUACAGCAUCAGUAGGCCUGCGCAAAGACGGCCACACACCUCACCCAUGGAUCUUCCGCCGCACCUUCAGAUGCGGGCACCCAGAUGAGUUCAUUGAGGUUCGACGAGAUAGUGACAGUCAACAAGUGCAUAACGUUAUCACGUUUGAGGUAUUUCAAGAACACGGUCAAACUUGCAGUGAUGGGUUGGAAUACACAGUGGCGCGAUGUCUCAAAUGUGCAAGGAAAGUCAAAGAAGAGGACGAUGGAGACCUUAGGGUAUUGCUGGAGAGGAACUUGCAUUAUUACCAGGCACUAGCAUCGUCCAAAUCUGCCAGAAGAUCAGACACGCCCGGGAAUAAUGGGUUUGACAGUGUCUUGAAGAGGUACAGACUCCGCGGUGGCAAGAGUUUCGGUGGAACACCCCAUCCACGCAUUUUAGAGCAAGAGCACCAGGAGUUCCGCCUCGAAGUUCAAGAACAAGCUCGCAGUAGCGGCAAGGCGAUCGCAAUACCAUCGAGGAGGAUCUACAAUGCGCCAAUCCAGAAAGGUCGUAAGAUACUGUUGCAGAUACCCCGGAGAUACGUGUCUCAUAUGUCUGAAGGUGAAGACAAGAGCUUUUCCCAGCCGCAAAUCAGUACCGCGUUGGAGGGGAACUGUUACGAUGAGGUGGAGAGCAGCCUAAGCGAUGCGAUCUCACGCAAUCAGAAGGGCGAGACACUUUCCAGUGUUUCUGUCCAAAAAGAGGGGAACGAAGACAAGCACGUAAAAGACACAAUCAUCCGGAGAGCUGAGUUUACUCACGUCAAGAUCAUGCCUACCUCGGCGAGUAUCCACGAAGAUUCUGCGAUGAGAGUCAUCAAAGUAAGUCCCCUAAAGUCUGAACUUCCUAUGAAAUCGAAGAUUCCUACCAUGAAAGACUUCACUACGAAGAACGACGAAGACCUUCUUCCUAUUCGUACAACAAGAACUUCUUUACAAAACGAGCAAGCAUAUCCUCAUCAGUUUAUCACCGACUUUACCUUAUCGAGAAGGGAAUCUAUCCUCGUGGAGCAUUUGAUCGACCAGUAUGCGUCUCCUUUCGACGACGCGUCUGAUCCACAGCUUCUAGACCUGAGAGAUAAACACCUACGGUCUGCUCCUACUAUACCUAGCAAAAGGCCACUCAAUUUCAUGCACCGACGGGGUGAUGCUUCAACAAAAACAUGGAGUAAAUCCGAUUCGAUAUCGAAGAAUUUCCGCAAGCUUCGCUUAGAUCUUCAGCAUUCCUCCAAGGCUACAGAGAAAAAGGCGAAACCUGAAAGCGCAAGUCCAGACUGGGCAUGUCGAACGUCUCUGGCAAUCGAAGCCGGUAGGAUCUCGAUGGACAGCGUGAGCAUGCGGAGUCGAGAUCCGUCGUCGUCCAAACACAGGCCUCGACCGAUGCGCAGCCCCGACAAGACCAUAUCAGCAGAGCGGAAGACAACACGGGGUGUCAGACUCGGGGAGCCACGCGAUGUCUACUCCUCGCCUGCCACACGCUCUUCGGAGUACGGUCUAGCUCUGUCCAUGCUGGACAGACAUUCCGAAGGCGCGUGUCACGGCGCUGCUGACCGAUUGAGAGGGCUCGAAGGCAUGGAGAUUGCUCUGGGGAGACAGGCGUCUACGAGACGUGAUAGUGCGCAAGUAGCUUCGUCGAUGGACUUACAUAAGAGAUUGCCGGCUCUGCCUUUGUCACAGGGCGGCGAGAAGGAGGAAGGCGGUUUAUGA